AAAAUUAUUAUAUUUAUUAUUUAUUGAAUUCAAAGUUGUAAACUUGUAAUCAGCAUCAAUAAUGUCAGCGCUUAAUGAAAUUGUUUCUUGGUAUCAAGAAUUAAAAAAAGAAUGGGGUAAACCAGCUUGUAAUUUGAGUAAAUGUGGUGAAUUACUCAAUAAAUUAAAGGUGCGUUUAACAUCAAUUAUGUUUUUACCAACAUCAUCAAAUCCAGCAUCAGAAAAAGAAUUAUUAAUUGCUCGUGACAUAUUGGAAAUUGGAGCACAAUGGAGUAUUGCUGCUGAGGAUAUUCCAUCAUUUGAAAGAUACAUGGCACAAUUAAAGUGUUAUUAUUUUGAUUACAAAAAUUCAUUGCCAGAGUCAACAUUUAAAUAUCAAUUAUUGGGAUUAAAUUUACUUUGUUUAUUAUCACAAAAUAGAGUUGCUGAAUUUCAUACUGAACUUGAAUUAUUACCAGCUGAUACAAUACAAUCAAAUAUUUAUAUAAGACAUCCACUUGGUCUUGAACAAUGUCUUAUGGAGGGUUCAUAUAAUAAAAUUUUUUUGGCAAAGGGUAAUGUACCAGCAGCAUCAUAUACAUUUUUUAUUGAUAUAUUAUUAAAUACAGUACGUGAUGAAAUUGGUGCAUGUAUGGAAAGUUCAUAUGAUAAAGUGACUAUUAAAGAUGCAUCAAGAAUGCUUAAUUUAACAUCACAAAAAGAUACACUUGAAUUUGCCAAGAAAAAAAAUUGGACUAUUGCUGAUGAUGGAUGUUUUUAUUUUGGUAUAUCACAAGAGAAAAAAACUGAAGAACCAAUACCAUCUGCUGAUCUUGUUACACUUGCCAUUGAUUAUGCAAGAGAACUUGAAAUGAUUGUCUAAAUAUUAUUGUCUUAUUAUCAUCAUUAUAUUUCUAUAUUAUUUUUUUUUUUUUUUAACUAUUUUCUGUAUUUAUAUAUUAUAAAUGUGUGUGUGUCAAUAUCCUAUAAUAAAUAAAUAACAGAUAUAAAAAUA